AUGUCAGACUUUCUACCAACCGUACCGAUCUUUCAACCUCCUACCACCUCAGCUACAGAAUACAAAAUUACCACGCCUGCUACCACUGACCCCUCUCUAGCCCACGCAUCCAUAUCUGAGAAUCCGAUUCUGCACCCCCGAAAAUUCGAUCUAGAAAGUGACACCGAACUAUACCUCCAUGAAAACCGCGUGAUUCCUCGUCUAUUCUUCUACGAGCCUGAAGGAGAAUUGCAAAUCUCGAGGUUGAAAAUGUUGAAAGAGGGUUAUUUUGUGGGACAUCCGAGGACAUUGGUUUUUAGUGUUGCUGGGGCCGUGGCUCCCGUAAAACGUGAUGCUCUUCAGAAUUUGGAUCUCGGGUUUGGAUUCCCUCCUGCUUCUUCUUCUUCGGGGUCCAGAGAUACGGAGGAAAAGUAUAGAGCAGCGUAUUCGGUGCAUUUUGGACCGAAAUCUAGGUAUAAUACUACGGGUAAAGUGAAAGAGGCGGGGAGCAAACUAGAGAUGCAGAAGAUUGCCGAGUUGGCGGCUGCGUGUGAGGCAUUGGAAUUUGUGGAGUUGGAGUGUAAAAUGAGGGUUAAGGGGUUUGAGGAUGUUAGUGGAGAGAUUGCUGCUGGAGGAUUGGUGGUAGGUGUUACGAGUAGUACGAAUUUGUGGUAUGGCAUUACGGAACAUAUUUACAAAUGGAAACGUAACAAAUUCCAAAACUCAAAAGGCAACAAAGUAGUAGGCGAAGACCUAUGGAGAAGAAUCGAUGAAUGCAUGAAUCGAUUCGAAUUCAACCAGACGAGAGUCGCUUGGUUGUUAUGUGAAAAGGAGGAUAAUGAAGCCGAGGAGGCUGCUCAGAAAAAGGUUGACGAAACUCUGUGA